GCACUACGUGCUUUAAAGAUGGCGGCAUGUGUGAGUGUGGGAUCUGAUGUUUUUAUUAGCCUCAAGUUUGUGAUUUGAAGUACAGUAUUUAGGCAGGCGCUAAACGUCAGGUUUCCGUAGAUCGCUUAGACUCUCGCUCUCCGUCGUUCAGAUGUCUGAGGGCAGAUAGAUGGGGGUGUGAUCGCUCACUGCGCUUGGAGAGGUAGAGUUGGUGGCCAGUUUGACAUGCUAAAACUGACAGCUGUAAUCAGCUAGCUGUUCUCGUACACUCAGAAAGGGCAUCGUGCACGAAACCUUCAGCAAAUGUGACCUUCUGUGCUUCCAACACUACGCAGCCAGCAGGUGACAACCUGCCAGUCAGAUCACAGCCGUAGCUCCUCUAAGUCAUAUGUUUAGGAAGUAAGAUUAGGUGCUUUGCAAUUGUUAGCAAGGGACCUGUCAGUCACUGAAUGCUUCUGGUUCCAUUAACUACAUUAACACCCUAGGACCCCGUAUAUAAAUCAGUCCUGUGUGUUUAGUAGAGUUUACACUGCUUUUAUUUACUUUGCCAAGCACUUGCACCUUUUAAUGGUAGUAGUUUUGACUGGUGGUCUGUGUAAGCAGAACAGGAUUCAGGCUCUGAAUGAGUGAACAUUUUCUUUGUGUAAUUCGUUUUUGGGUUUCUGGUUGUUUUUCCAACAUUAUUUUGCGGUAGUAGAAUGCUAUCCCGAGCUUUGAGGAAAUCCCUUUCCUAUGGAAAUCCAAUAGUGGCGGGUUUCAGUGGGAGCUAUUGUAGUCGUCUGUAUUUUCAUCAAACCGCCGUGAGUAAAGUUGCUUUGCAAGCUGAAAGUGGCUUCAAACCGGCGAAAGUGGCCGUUGUGACAAAGACCACACGAUAUGAAUUCGAACAACAGAGAUAUCGCUAUGCAGGACUGUCGGAAGAGGAUCUUAAACAGCUGCUUGCCCUGAAAGGAUCCAGUUACAACGGGCUUCUGGAGAGACACAAUAUACACACCUCCAAUGUGGGACAGAUUGUGGACAGCCUAGAGAAAGAAGGCAUCGAGGUGCGCAUUGUCAAAAGAGGAGAGUAUAACGAGGACACAGUGCGAUGGGCCGAUGCCAUCAUUUCUGCUGGAGGUGAUGGCACCAUGCUACUAGUUGCCAGUAAAGUUUAUGAUAAAAACAAACCUGUAUUAGGAGUCAAUACAGACCCAGAAAGGUCAGAAGGUCACCUGUGUUUACCUGUGCACUAUACACAUGCCUUUUCUGAGGCCUUACAGAAACUCAGGAAGGGUGAAUUCAGGUGGCAGUGGCGUCAGCGUAUCCGUAUGUAUUUGGAGGGCACCGGGAUCAACCCGACUCCUGUGGACCUGCAUGAGCUGCAGCUGAGCCUCGAGCAGCACAGCAAGGCACACCGAAUCACCACAGAGACUCAGAGCAGUACAACACACAACAGUCCUGAAAGGCCUCACCUACUCCCUGUCCGAGGGCUCAAUGAGAUCUUCAUUGGGGAGUCCCUGUCCUCCAGGUUGAAGUAUAAAUCCUUCAAACCCCAUCUUACCCUCUCGCUUCAUAGGGCUUCAUACUACGAAAUCUCCAUCGACGACGGGCCGUGGGAGAAGCAGAAGAGCUCAGGGCUUAGCAUUUGCACUGGAACUGGAUCAAAAGCCUGGUCCUACAAUAUUAAUAAACUCGUGGAACAGGCAGUGGAGGAUGUCCUUAGAAUAGGUAAAUUAAAAACCGGUUUGGACGUCCCUCUAAAUCGGGAGUUCAUUGAGAGUGUAACUGAAACCUACAACGAGUCGCUGAUCUUCGGCCCAGAGGAGGACAAACUUUUCUUCAGCGUAAGGGAGCCGAUAGUCAACAGAGUAUUUUCCAACAGCAGACAAAGAGGUUUUGCCAAAAAGGUUUGUGUCCGCUCGAGGUGCUGGGAUGCCUGCAUGGUGGUGGAUGGUGGGACGUCGUUCGAGUUUAACGACGGUGCCAUUGCUACAAUCAGCUUAAAUGAGGAGGACCUGUUGCGAACUGUCAUUCUUGAUUAAAUCCUUUGAUACAUCAAACUCUUUAUUUAUUUUGCCAGACUUUGAGAUGGACAGCGGGUUCUUUAAGCACCAGGUGCGGUUUGCAGAUGAAAUGUACAUUUAUUGUCCUGGUAUAUAUCAGGUAUUUCACACAUCUGUAGUCUGUGCUUACUUAACUGACCCUCUGGGCUGCAGCAUUCAGGAAUAAAUAUUAAAAUACUGUUUCCUGCACCAGUUACACCAGCAUUAUAUUGCCAUGUCACUAUAUCAGUGUAAUAUGUGUAAUAUUCAAAUUCAGGUUCACCUUUAAGCACAUGUAGUCAAAGUUACUGAACAUUUUUUGAAUACUGUAGUAUUCAAACAUGCACACAAGUAUGUCGAAAUCAAAACUUUAUGAAACUGCCACCUGAAAACAUGAUAUUUUAAUAUUAAAAGUACACAAUAUGUAACCCUGGACCACAAAACCAGUCUUAAGUAGCACGGGUAUAUUUGUAGGAAUAGCAAACAAUACAUUGUAUGGGUCAAAAUGAUCGAUUUUUCUAUUAUGCCAAAAAUCAUUGGGGUAUUAAAGGAUUGUUGACUUCCAAAACAAACAUUUCCAGAUAAUGUACUCACCCCCUUGUCAUCCAAGAUGUUCAUGUGUUUCAAAAAUUGUUUUUUGAGGAAAAUAUUUCAGGAUUCCUCUUCAUAUAAUGGACUUUGAUGGUGCCCCUCAGUUUGAACUUCCAAAAUGUAGUUUAAAUGCAGCUUCAAGGCCUCUAAAGCCGAGGAAGAAUGGUCUUAUCUAGCAAAACGAUCGGUUAUUUUCUUUAAAAAAUCACGAUGUAUAUACUUUUUAACCUUAAACGCUCCUCGAGGUCUGCAUGAACUCUGUGUAACGUAUUCUAGUUCAAGACACGACUGUGUAAUCCGGGUCAAUACUGUUAGGAUACGUCGAAACAACGUCAAAAUCAUCCUACGUCGCUGUUUUACCUUUUUUGUAACGGACAUUUGACGUUCUUCGCAUGUUCACUGUGUAAACACUGGGUCGGUACUUCCGCAGCGAUUUAUGUGAGAGAAAACCGCACUUUGGAAGGUGUUAUUCAUUUGUAUGACCAACAUGAACCUUUUUCCGAUACUCACUUCGCCAUCACUAGUAUUUUGUAAAUUUCCUACCGUGAAUAUAUCAAAACUUAUUUUUUGAUUAGUAAUAUGCAUUGCUAAGAACUUAAUUUGGACAACUUUAAAGGGUAUGCUUUGAUUUUUUUGCACCCUCAGAUUCCAGAUUUUCAAAUAGUUGCACCAAAUAUUGUCCUUUUUCUAACAAACGACACGUCAGUUGAAAGCUUACAAAUCUCAGUUAAAAAAAGACCCUUAUGACUGGUUCUGUGGUCCAAAGUCACAUAUGGCAGUCCUUUGGAUGUGUAAUCAAACUCCAUCAGGUCAAAACACUGUGCAGGCAUUGGCUUAAAGGAGUAGUUCACUUCCAGAACAAAAAUUUCCUGAUAAUUUACUCACCCCAUGCCAUCCAAGAUGUUUCUUUCGUCGAUUGAAAAAGAAAUUAAGGUUUUUGAGAAAACAAUUUAAGGAUUUUUCUCCAUAUAGUGGACUUCAGUGUGAGUGCUAGGUUAAAAAUUAUAUAAAUGUUACAUUUUUUGGUUUGUUUUUAGAAAAUAACAUUGUUUUCCUAGAUAAGACCCUUAUUCCCUAAAUGUGAUCAUGUAGAGCCCUUUGAAGCUGCAUUGAAACUGCAAAUUGGACCUUUAAAUUAUUGCUCCCCAUUUAAGUGAAGAAAAAUCCUGGAAUGUUUUCAGAAACCGUAAUUUAUUUUUGACAAAGACAUGAACAUCUUUGAUGACAUGGGGAUGGGUAAAUUAUCAGGAAAUUUUUAUUCUAGAAGUGAUAAUCCUUUAACAUAUCAGAAAUUUGUAAAAACACAUUUUCAGGUCCCUUGGUGCUUUAAAAUGUCUGUAAGAUUUAAAUUUGUUUAGAGAGUAGCAUUUUAUGUAACAAGCACACCACAUGUAAAGAAUAUAAUACGGAUAUGGAAAAACUCACACGGGAAAGGUUUUAAAUAAAAAGCAAUACAUUUAUUUACAAUUCAGACAAUGUAAACAAUUCAUAAAAAUACAUGUCUAGCGACAACCGAAGUUGUACAAAAUUCAAGUUUUCCAAUAUUAAAACUGGUCACAAAAAUGGAAGAGAUUCACAAUAUUGUCUCUGGU